AUGUUUCGUCGAAAAGUAGUUUCUUCAUGCACCAUUGUGUCUCGGGUGUUCUUGAACGCUAGGCGUUCUGUAUUACUCGAAGACCCUGCAGAGGGGGAAAAAGAAAGAGAACUAAGGGCAAAGAUCGUUGCGCGAUAUCGUGGCAUGAGCUUGCGCGAAUUAACCAAUAUACGCUACGGGCAUUUUGCAGAGCAAGAGGGUGCGACACGUUCCACAGCAUCCCAGGCCUAUAGCGCAGUGAAUCAGGGCUAUCCAUUUUGGCAGAAUGCUUCAAACAGUGGGCAGGGUGUGGACUGGCUGAUGCUUUUUACGGGGUUAGCAUUGUUGUAUGUGUCAUUUAAAAUGUUAUUCCAUCGCCUCUCAGGUGUCUCCUUGGAUGCUGCAAGCGUGCCCUUGUGGGCUGCAAGUCCGGAAACGCAAGCCAAUUCCUUGCUAUUUUCUAUACAAUUCGACGCCGGGACCCGUGAACAAAUUCAGAAAGCGUACCAAGGCGUUCGUCACGCGUAUCCGUUUACGGAUUUUUUUGAAUGGGUACGGAUUCAUUACCCUGAAUAUGGCCAGGGUAUCGUUUUCGGCUAUGAGGCCGCCGUCAACUCACUGGUUGGUAUUCUUUGCAAUGGUGAUUCCCGGACGCUUAUGAAACUGGCGAGUGGGGUUCAAAAGGCCAUUAAAAAGCAAAAUACAAACCCGGCACAACGGCUCGAUGAUUUCUUGAUGGACGUUGGGGCUUUGACUACUAUACAAUCCCCAGUACGACAUUCAGUGGCUUCUGGAUACGCGCCCCUCCAGCCACCUCCGCGGCCUUUGCAAUUACACGGAGGCGAAACAAUGUCGAUAGAAGGUGCAAUUGAGUCUACACCUGGUGAGGUGCACAGCUCGGUUCCUUUUCAGUAG